GAUUGUAUGCGAAGGAUUGGCAGUGACCGUAAACGCAAACACAAACCGCAUUGUAGAUGUGUACGUAUCAUUAAUUUGCUAAUAACCCCUUGAAAGUUGCUUUAACAGGGAAACUUUUCAUCGUAAACAAAUGGAAGGCUUCUAGGAUAAAGAUAUCUUCACCAUUUAAAAGAAACAUCGAGGAAACGUCAGAAAAUGAUCUGAUACUAUCGCCUGGAGCAAUUUCCAAUAGUUCAACGAAGAAGCAGGGAGCUGAUUACCAUGCAGACGUUAUUUGGAUGUCUUCAACAGUUUCUUCUUAUUCUUGCCGUCACAUCUCCGGUAUUUGGAGAUAAUUUUACCCUGGGUUUGCUCGUACCUUUAACGAAUCCAAAGGGUUCUUUCAAGGGAAAACUCUUCGCUCCCGCCAUUGCAAGCGCCGUGGAUGACGUCAAUAACUCAUCCGACCUCCUUGCCGGCCACCAUCUGUCUUAUAUCUGGAAUGAUACCGAGUGUAAAGAAACUAAGUCACUGCAAGCUCUGUCUCACUUGAUAAACGAGAGGAAGGUGUCUGCAAUUAUAGGUCCUGGAUGUUCUUGUCAAUAUGAAGCAAGAUAUGCCAGUGCAGUGGACGUUCCAAUGAUAUCAUACAUGUGCAACGAACCGCUGACAGCGCUUCUUGAAAAGGAGAAAUACGCAACAUUUGCGGAGACGGUCAUCAAAGUGGAGGGGCAUAAACUAGCUAGAGGACUCAUUAAAUUGUUCCAAAAGUUUCACUGGUCAGAGGUGGCCAUACUGUAUGAAAAUGCUACCAGUUAUGUCAACAUGAAGAAGGUCGUGGUGCGUGAAUUUACGAGUAACGGUAUUAAUGUGCUUACAGAGAAAGAACUUCUCAGUGACGCAUGCUACAGUUUUGUGAAGAACAACCUUUCAAGUUGUUGCGAUCCACCCACCAGGGUUACGAAUGUGGGUGAUUACAUGGGAAAUGUGUUCAAAGAACUAAAGAGCAAAUGCAGAAUUUUACUUUACUUGAGUGAAUUUCCAGUGGCUCGUCAGACGCUUGAGUACGCACACAAUCAGAAUAUGACACAAGGCGACUACGCAUUCGUCAUGCUACAACUUGACCUAAAUCAAUUCAAGCGCAACAUGGACAGUCCAGGACAAAUAUAUCUGAUUUUGGAUUUGGACAAGAAUAAAACAUGCGACUAUUAUGAAGCCCUAGAGUCGGUGGUGUUGGUAGAAGUUGAGAGUGAAUUACCAGAUGAGCAGAAGUCGUAUAAAGCCUUUGAAAAGCAAGUCAAGGAAAAAUAUGACAGUUUCAAGACUAACUUAACAGCGAGCCUCACGGAAGAAGAGAAAACAAACCCGCUGUCAUUUCACGCCUAUUAUUUGUAUGACGCUGUUUAUCAAUAUGCCAAGGCGUUAAACAAAACUUUGGCAAGAGGUGACGAUUUAACGGGAAAAAAUAUCAUGCGCAACCUAAUGAACUCUACUUACAAGAGCAAGUUAGGCCCCAGUGUGUUUAUUAACGAGAAUGGGUCAGCCGAUGUUGUAAAUCUCCGCAUUGUGGAUAUUCGCUGGAACAAAUCUGUUGCACCUACAAAGGACUGCCUCUAUAACAAUAGUGGCCCCAUUGCAAAGGAAUUAGGACGUAUAAAUUUUUCUGAAGAAGACACUGGUAUCGUAGUGAGGACGGAAGAAUUUCAGUGGCCAAAUGGUAAAGGAAUACCUCUGUCAAAACCAAAGUGUGGGUUUGAUGGUCUGGAAUGUGUUACCUCCACACUUUCCACAGCACAAUAUGAUCGUCAGGAUAAAGGAAAUGCUGCUGUCAUUGCAGGAGUUUCAGCGUUUGCAGCUAUCACUUGUAUCAUACUCCUCGUCAACGUCAUUAGACAAUACAUGUUAAAAAAAGAGGGGGACAGUUUGUUGUGGAAAAUGAAUUACAAAGACAUUCGUUGGGUGCAGACGUCUUCCAGCGUUAGUUCUGACAUGGCUGAAGAAGAAGAGUCCCUCUCCAUGUCACGUAGGACAAGCAACCAAUUUACUUUUACAAACUUUGGAUUUUAUAAGGAAAAUAGAGUGACGGUGAAGCAGAUUGGAACCAAGACAAUUGAUUUAACAAAAUCUAUCCUGUUAGAACUGAAACAGAUGCGCGACUUUCGUCAUGAAAAUUUCGUCCAGUUUUAUGGAGCCACAGUGGAUUCCCCUUACAUCUGCAUCGUUUCUGCCUUCUUUCCUAGAACCCUCAAGGAGUUUCUCGCUUGUUCAGACGUAAAGCUGGAUAAAACUUUCAUUUCGUCUUUAGUCACAGACAUUGUUAAGGGUAUGGCUUAUCUUCAUUCGUCAGAUCUCAAAUACCAUGGUAGCCUAAAAUCUUCCAACUGCUUGAUAGACAGUCGGUGGACGCUGAAAAUUUCUGAUUAUGGCCUCACCAUGUUGAGAUCAAAGUGCAAUUUGAGUGCAAAGACGGGCAGCGAAGAUUUGCUUUGGACAGCGCCGGAGCUACUCCGGAAACAUUUCAGUUUUCCUAACAGUGCUUCUCGUAAGAAAGACCGAAGUUAUGUUAAUAUUCAGAAGGCCGAUGUGUACAGCUUUGCUAUCAUUCUUCAAGAGUUUCACACCAGGAAAGGACCAUUUAGCAAUAACAGGAACCUCUGCGUAAAAGAAAUUUUAGGGAGAAUCACAGAACCCGAGGUUCCUAUAUUUCGCCCUACUGUGCAUAAUUUUAUUGAGGAAAUGGAAGAACUUAGAGAUCUGAUGAAAAACUGUUGGGAAGAAGACCCAGAUAGCAGACCAGACUUCACCGAGAUCAAGAAAAGAAUAAAUAGGAUUCUAGUCGCUAAAGGAAUAAAAACUAACAUUUUCGACAGCAUGAUUUAUAUGAUGGAGAACUAUGCCAACAAUCUUGAGGAUAUUGUUUCUGAAAGAACAAGUCAACUCAUAGAGGCAAAGAUAGAAACAGAAGAUCUUCUUUACAAAAUAUUUCCAAGACCAGUAGCAGAACAACUCAUCAAAGGAAAACAAGUCGAGGCAGAAAACUUUGACGAAGUGUCCAUCUAUUUUAGUGACAUCGUGGGAUUUACAGAACUUUCUUCUGAGAGUUCACCAAUGCAGGUUGUUACUCUUCUCAAUGAUCUUUACACAUUGUUUGAUGACAUCAUAAGCGAGUACCGUGUUUAUAAGGUUGAGACCAUUGGUGAUGCUUAUAUGGUGGUUUCCGGUCUUCCGAUAAAAAAUGGGCACGAUCAUGCAGGUGAAAUAUCCCGGAUGGCUUUGCACUUGUUGGACUCUGUCAAGGAAGAUUUUAUCGUCCGUCAUAAGCCUGGUUACAAACUACAGCUUCGCAUUGGUAUUCACAGUGGUCCAGUUGUUGCUGGAGUGGUUGGGAGCACUAUGCCUCGUUACUGUCUCUUUGGCGACACGGUGAACACUGCAUCCAGAAUGGAGUCCAACGGAGAAGCCGGAAUGAUACAUAUCAGCGAGGCAACAAAGAACGUUCUUGAAAAACUUGGAGGGUUUACAAUCAGACAGAGAGGAGAAGUGCACUUAAAGGGAAAGGGACAGGUCACGACAUACUGGUUGAUGGAACAUAAGCAUCGAAGGCAGCCAACCUCUCCAAAAAGACUGCGUCCAAAGAGACAUUUAUUCAAUAGCACUAGCGAAGGCGAAGGGUUGAAACCUUGCUUUAUCACGCGCUCUUCGUCGUUACGAAGGUCACUCAAAGCUGCGUCGGAAAACCCAAUGACAAAAAUUCCCAUUCAGGUUGUUGACAACGGUAACAAACGGGAGAAAAGGAAAGAAAGUACGCACUCUAUAACAAGUGUCUGACGAUUCUAGGAAGGAUUUCGUGUGUCUGGACAAGUGAUCAGUGUUACGCUUUUUUCGAGUCAGAAAUUGUUGGUAACCUGCCAGAUAGAGGAUGAAUUUUUUUUUAUGUAUUUACGGUGCAUACCCAGUUCAUUCAGGUGGCUCGGGCAUGUGGCUUGGAUGAGGGUGAGAUAAGCUUCCCCAAUUGAAAUACGCCGUUGAGAAUUGUUGGUUUUGCACUAAAAUAAUUUACGUGAUACGGCUAUCAAGACAAGUAAUGAUGAUCUGAUGGUUUCUGAGGAUACCGAUUUUUCUCAACGGCAACAAACUCUUCAAAAAAAGACAGUAGAGGCUUUCCUCUGCGCUUACAAAGUCCAUAACAAGGCAAACACAUGUAGUUUGGGAAACUACUUUGACUGAGUUUAAACUUGUCUUAAAGUCUUCUUCAAUGCCUGUGAAGCUGGUCACUCCUCCCUUUGCUAGAAAAGAUUGCGUGACAAACCGAGAGUCGAAAGAGCAACCAACGCCCUCCAACUCCACAGCGAGAUGAACUGUGCAUGUACCACUGGCUUAUCAGUCAAUGAACACAGAGAGGCCAACUGCUCUUUUUUCUCUUGAGCAAAAUUUCUGCACGUAUUAAACUUGUUCCUCUUAGAUUUGGGCAUCUCUGGAACGCUCCUGUGUUUCCAUUUUCCCAUAAAAUUAUUACGUUCUCUAAAACUAAUCAAAUAAAAAGAGUUUUAUAUUCACUUAGAUUCACUCCGAUAUACUUUACACAGAAAUUGACACAACCUAAAAUUUUUCAGGUCUUCGCUCCUUCCCUUCGAGGGACAAGUUUACCAGCUCUUUAUUCCUGAUAUCUUAUAUAAUUACAAUAUCUACAUUGUUUCUUUGGUGUAAAAUCUCUGAUUAAAAAAAGAACUGACCAAUGUAUUUAUCUAUUUACGGUAAAUCUUUACGAUUAUUUCAUUACUUUAGUUUUUGAUGGUGUAAAGAAUAGAGGGAACUGUAAAUUGAAUCGAAACAUGAGUAUGAAACACUUGGGAUGUAGCUAAAAAAGGUACGUAGCAGCGACGAAAUGUGAAUCGGGGCGACAACGGAAGUACAACGUGGUUUUUCUUUUUCUUCUCUGUGGCAAAACUGUUUAGUGCGAACUGGCUGAAACACACGAAUUCUAUCUCGUUACCAGUGCCUUCGGGCUUACAUGAAAUAGCAAGCGCAUGCGUCAACUUAGGUUUCGAGGGACUGAAUAUGGCUGUUAAACAGAAAGUGGGGUUUUAAACGCGGUAGAAAUUAUAGUUGUCAACCCUCAGCACGGAUGUAACCCGGUGAAUCUCAAUCAAACUUUACCCUACAGGUAAGUCUCGUCUAAUUUUUCGGUUUUACCGCAUCAAUGUUCUGUAGCUUAAAUUGACUACGUUAGAAUUGAAUUAGAUUUCAGUGGAAGGUCUUAGAGUCUUUGUUUUGUAAAAAGACCGUCCAUGUACAGAAUAUACAAAUUCACGACAUUAUAAUUAAAAUUUUCGUGACAAAUUUUGUUUAAAGAAAGUCUUGCUUGAAAGUGCUCCUUUUACAGAAAAAAAUAUAUAAAACUU